UGCUGUUUCAUUCUAGUUAAAGUCUAUUAUUAUUUGAAUCAUAUUUAUACAGAAGCAGACUAUUCAUUAGAUUAACAUCAAACGUCUAUACAAAUCCUGAAGAAGUGCAGUUUUCUUGACGAUACACUAUCAAUUGAUUAUUAUAAUAAAAAUUUCUGCUCAAUUGGCUGAGUUUCCACUGAUUUCUGACUACAUCCCAGCUAUGAAAAUACGAGGAUUUGUCCAAUGGGAUGAUUUUAUUCAAAAACGAUAUAUCUCGCUUCUUGAUAGAACGGAAGAAUAUUUGAAGCCAGAAUAAGGAAGAAUUCUGAAGUAGAGUGUUUGAGAUUUAUAUUGACUGAAUAACUUACAUCAUGAUAGAAAUAUGGGAAGAUAAGGAAGUAAGAUUCGAUCUCCCUCUAUCGCAUAUGAAAUUGCGGUCAGGCGAGAAAGUAAUUGACAGAUUGGAUUUUGUGGAAGAUACGAAAGGCAACGGUGGAGAUAAGGGACGUCUAGUGAUCACUAAUCUCAGACUAAUUUGGCAUUCCUUGACAAUCACUAGGAUAAGUCUCUCGAUUGGAUUGAACUGUAUUAUAUCAGCUACAACAAAAAUUGUUAACUCGAAACUGCGAGGAACUACCGAAGCCCUACAUUUACUGACAAAAUCCAACAAUGCUCGAUUCGAGUUUAUCUUCACCAAUUUGGUUCUUGGCAAUACGAGGCACUUCACAUCUGUCAUGGGAGUUCAUAAAGCUUAUCAGUCAUCACGCAUGUACAGGGAGUUGAAGCUUAGAGGAGCGGUGGUUAGAGGAAGGCAGCUGAAUAUUUUACCUUUGGAGCAAAUCUAUUCAACAAUAGAAGGCAUUUGGAAUUUGUCUAGCGAUCAGGGGAACCUAGGAACGUUCAUAAUCACUAACAUCCGGUUAAUAUGGUUUGCUGAUAUGAAUGAAAACUUCAACAUAUCUUUGCCUUACAUUCAAAUGGUUUCGGUGAAAAUAAGAGAAUCGAAAUUCGGACCUGCUUUGGUGGUUGAAAGCUCGGUGACCAGUGGAGGAUACGUGUUGGGAUUCCGUAUCGAUCCACAACAAAAGUUGCACUCCGUUGCAAAGGAGCUGUCCUCUCUGCAUCAUAUACACACGCAUCGGCCCGAGUUCGGCAUAGAAUACUCACUCAACAUGCAGGACCCAAUUUCAGAAGAGGCUCCUAUAGUCCCCGAAGAUGUUGAAGAGUUUGAUGGAGGUGCCACCGAUGAUAUGUCGCUGGCUCUAGUCUCUUACUACACUGAAGGUGGAAAUGCAGCCGGCCAGGACUUGCCGCCAGUAUAUUGUGGCCAGUUGGGACUGGCCAUUGAGUCGCUGCGGGACGGAUACACACUGUCCCAUCUGUGGCAGGUGAUUCCUCCCUCCACCCCAGCCUCAACACCUGCUGCUACCCCAUCAGCUGAUACCACCGUAUGAGAUCAGCUGAUGGCCUGUCAUUUCAAGUGAUGCGACACUGUUCACUGUUGUGACUUGUCUUUAACUGUGGAACAUUUCAAUAUGACUUGAGAUAGAAGGCAGAAAACUCAUUUUCUCAAAUGACCUGUUCAUUGUGACUUGUCUUUAGCAAGGAUUUGACUAUGGAAUACUUCAAAAACUUCUUUCAUGAAAGAUAGGAUUUAUAUAACAUUGGUUUGUUGUGACUUGUGGACUGUGGAAUACUUGGAUUCUUCUUCUAAGGAGGGUUAAGUGGGUUAAGAGGGUUGAGGGUCAAGUGUAAGAGAGGGCCGACUGCGCCCUAACUUCGCCCUCCUAGGUCAAAAUAAAGGCAGUCGUUCAAUUAAAUUCUAUAAAAGACAUGCUUUAUAUAAAACCUGCAGCUGCUAAACCCAACAGCUGAUACCAUCGUAUGAGAUCAGCUGAUGGCCAGUUAUUUCAAGUGAUCAUCGACACUGUUGUGACUAUAAUAAUGUGGACUUUACAAAAUAUACUAUAGACUAUAAUAGACUACCUUUUGUUAGAGAGUUAGUGGGAGGAUAUUUUUAAUAUUCUUUCCGAAGAAUGGGCAUCGAUAUGUCCAAAGCUCCGCCAAUUUAUGUAGAUGCAUAACAAUAUGAUUAUUAUC